AUGGCUCGUCGGUCCCAGAGCUCCUCGCAGGGGGACAACCCCCUGGACCCCAACUACCUUCCCCCCCACUACAAGGAGUAUUACCGCCUGGCGCUGGACGUGCUGACGGAGGAAGGCAAGGAGAGCUACCAGCGCUUCCUGGCUGAGGAGGCAGUCCCUGAUUUCCUCUGUGGAUCCGAGGUGGAACACAUUGUCCAGAACCUCCAGAAGCCCCAGUAUGCCAACCAGGAGGGCAGCACGGACACCUCUGGGGACAACGACAUGGACGGAUCCUCCGGGACUUACUGGCCCAUGAACUCAGACCUCGCUGUCCCUGAGCUCGACCUGGGCUGGCCGAUGGUCUUUGGGUUCAGGGGGACAGAGGUGACCACCCUGGUGCAGCCUCCACCCCCAGACAAUCCCAGCAUCAAGGAGGAGGCUCGCAGGAUGAUCCGAGCAGCUCAGCAGGUGGUGGCCAUCGUCAUGGACGUGUUCACGGACGUGGACCUGCUGUCCGAGGUGCUGGACGCGGCGGCGCGCAGGGUGCCUGUCUACAUCCUGCUGGACGAGAUGAACUCCCAGCUCUUCCUGGACACAGCUGCCAAGUGCAGAGUCAACCUCAACUACGUGGAGUUCCUGAGGGUGAGGACAGUGUCUGGCCCGACCUACUACUGCCGCACCGGGAUGUCCUUCAAGGGGCACCUGAAGGAGAAGUUCCUGCUGGUGGAUUGCAUGGUGGUGCUCAGCGGCAACUACAG